AUGAGCACAGUCAAUGUAUCGACCAGUCCUCCGGUUGCGAGUAACCCUCGCGGGGCGGUCGUUAUUGAAGGAGCUACUAUUUCAAUGGCCUUCGUUGUAAUUUUUGUUUGUCUGCGAAUAUGGGGUCGAUAUCGCUAUAACAAUUCGCCUGGAAACUCUGCGCCAAGUUUUGGUGAACCCAGAUACUGGAUGUUGGUCUCCGACUUAGCAAUCGUUGCUUCAUCUGUACUUGCCAUCAUUUUGACUGUGAUUGCUUGUGUUAGCGCGGAAUGGGGACUUGGACUUCACGCGAAACUAUUGAGCACGACACAGCUCGAGACUACCCUUCAGAUGUUUUAUCUUUAUCAGAUAUUUUAUAAAGCAGGAUGUGGUCUUUCGAAGAUCGCUACUUGUCUACUCCUCUUGGCCAUUUCGACUCCACAUAUGAAGAAUUUCAACAAAUUUUGCAAGAUAAUGAUUAUUUAUAUCGCGGGAUAUUCUCUCAGCUGCUCCAUCGUUUCAGCCUUUCAAUGCGGCCUCGACUUUAAGAGUAAUUGGAUUCACUCGUUAAGACAAACCCACUGCUUCUACAAACCCCCAUUCUGGUUUACUCAUGCUGGCUUGAACAUCUUCGCAAGUAUAGUGGUCGCAGCUCUUCCAUGGUGGCUAUUCUCUCAUGUUCAAUAUAAGAGAAAAUAUACUAUAGCACUGAUCAUGACCAUAUUAGCUCUUGCUGAGAUUAUCCUCGGGUGUGUGCGUCUGAAGGGUCUUUAUACAUCUUCUCAAAAUCUCAACGAUAUACCUUAUGGUGCUACCACCGGUAUACUCGUCUCUCAGCUUGAAGUCAACUUCGGAAUAAUUUCAGCCUGCAUUCCUACUGUUUUGAAGAUCAUGGAAGAUUUUUUCAAGCGAUUAUUUGGGAUUAGCUUUGGUGAUACGACAAUUGAAUCGGGGGCUCAAUCCCAAUCUCGAAAUAUCGGGGCUAUGGGGAGUCACUUGCAGACUACAGACAAGUCGAAGCCUCGCUCGCAAUACGAGCGCUUUGGCGACGACGAUCUUGAGAUGGAUUCUAUGCAUUCAGGAAAUAGCCGGGAAAAUAUCAUCCGCGACGACAAAAUCCCUGAUCAAAAGAUCAAGGUCGAAACAUCUUACAUCGUGGAAAGAGAGAUUGAUAAAUCCGAAAGUAUGUAG